CUCCCAUUUCUUCAUUCCACUCAAACCCUCUUCUUCUCUCAUAAUACAAUCUUGUGUAUUCAAAAUACAAGCAAAAUGAGAAUUGGUGUCACCAUUAUUCACAGAUCUUUAUCAACAUCAUCAUCAGCGCAAUCUUUAUCUCCAUCAAUAGCAGCAGCACCAAUCCAUUCACCAUGGCAUUCACCAAUACCUUACUUAUUUGGAGGAUUAGCAGCUAUGUUAGGCUUAAUAGCUUUUGCUUUGUUAAUUCUUGCUUGUUCUUAUUGGAAAUUGUCUGCGUUUUUGGACAAUGAUAGUGAAAGAUCAAGAAAUGAUUUAGAAAAUGGUGAUGGUGAUGAUAAAUCAACUGAUCAAGAAAACAUUAAAGUACAUGUCGUUUAUGAAGAGAAAAUUGUUGUGAUUAUGGCUGGUGAUGUUAAACCUACUUAUUUAGCUACACCUAUUGAUUAUCCUAAACCAAAUACAACUUCUGAAAAUUCCAAAAAUGAAGAUGAGAUGAUGAACUCAUUAGAUGAAAAAACUAAAGAAGAAGAAAGUGAUGUAAGAGUGGAAACAGAAAGUAGAGAAGCCAUUCAAAACCCACAUCAGCAUCAUCAAAACCACUAAGGUUUGGUAUUUUCUUGUUUGUUUUUUUUUUUGUUUUUUUUCUCUUGUAUUUCAAGAGUUGUUCUGGUGUGGGUGUUUCUCUAGAGACUGCAGGGAGGGAGAGCUUAUUCUGUACUCUAUGGUAUAUGUAGAUGUAGUACAGAGAUUUUGUUAUAAAUUUUGAUCAUAAUCAAGGGGAUUUAGUUUGAAUUCCUGAUUAACUACUGUGUAUAUGUAUAAUAGCCAUUAUAGCCUGAGUCGUUGACAAUUCCGGUUGGAAA